AUGGCGACGGCUGCUUCGCCAACUCCCAUGGGAGGAGCCGGUCCUAUCCGCCGGACGUCGCAGCGACAGCAGGUCUUGCGCCAACCUCCCUCACGAUCGGCCGUGGCCAGGAGCGAGAGCCAGCAGGCGUCUUCGUUCCACGCCCGAAACAACCCGAAGCAAUUCAACGACGACAGCUCCGAAGACGAGAUUCCCGUGCCUAUGAAGCUCAGCGCCCUCACCAAGGCGCUUCUCAACGACGGCCAGCCCGAGUCCUCUCAGCCAUCAGAGCGACCGCCCUCACCACCGCGAACACGAAGACGGAUCAGCCAAUUGAACGCAUCGACAUCGUCCGUUUCUGAGAGGGGGCGGCAUUUGACAUCUACCAGCGGGCAACCCGAGGACAAAAACUCGAGAGCCUCGAGUCCCGCCAGGGAUCGUGGUGCGAGCCCCGUCACAAGGAAGAGGGUAGUGAGGCUCAGCAACACUCCGCAGAGCCUGAGCCAGAUCCAGCCUUCCAAGAGACGCUCAAGCUCCUUCUCUCGAUCGACGCAGCGCCAUCAGCAGACCAGUCGACCGUCCAGUAGGGAAAAGUCGGCCGAUGAAAAGCCAGAGCCACAGGCGGACAUCAACACACCCGCUCAUGGCAACCGUAUCGUGAGAAUAUCUACAAACUCUUCUGGCAAUCGCAGUAGAAUGGGAUCAACAGGCCUGUCCUCGGGGCGCUCAUUUGAUCGAUCUGUUGUGGACAAGUCUGCCGGUGAAAUGGACUAUGAGCAAGAAGAGAUCCCUCAAACCGUUGCGCGAGACACAGCGCUGGCCGCUAGCUAUGGCAGUGUAUCACGAUAUAACUCAGCGGUAAGAGGCCGACUGGAUGAUAAUGCCAAUCCGCAAAGCUCGAUGCGCGUCAAGCGCGUUGGGAAGAUCCCUGGAACGUUUCUUAGUGGACCAGCACGGCGUGGCAGGCGGAGGCAAAGUGAUGAGGAUGCUGGAGAUGAGGGAGAGAUGGAUCAGUACAAUCCCCAACAGGAACAAGAUAACAACGUCGUGGACGACAUGCCGGAUGUUGCCUACUAUCCCGAUGGAAUUCGGGACUUCAAUUCUGGAAGUCCUGUCAGUGCCAGUGCUUCGGCUAGGGCCCUCCACAGGAGACACCUCUCUAGCAUGGACUCCCGGGGGUCUGGGUCUGGGUCUGGACGUCCCUCGCCGCGGGGCAUUGAGCUCGAAUCGGAGCCCCAGCGGUAUCAGCCAAUGCAGAGGGAUAACGAGGAGGCGGAAGAGGAGGAAGAGAUACCGUAUAGGAAAUCAGUGCUGCGCGCCGAACUGCCUUCAGCCCAUGAUCAAGAAAACGACGCUCACCGGAGCUAUAAGAGGCCCAAGUCGUCCUUUGAUGAUGGGAUGGACAAGGCUCCGCCACGACCCAUGAGCGUCGACCCUAUUCCAGCCCGGCCUACCUCACCAGAGCGAAAGCCCCUGGCGCCUGUUGCCAACAACACACCUCAACGACCAGCUCCCCCACCUCCUCCCAAGAUGUCCGUCAUGGAGGCAGCUACAUCAACGACUGGCGCUGCAGCCGCGGCCGCCUCAACGAAGCACCGGAGGAACGUGUUGCGGGUGAAUGGAAAGACUUAUACUAGGCUUGAUUGCCUUGGCCGUGGUGGCAGUGCCAAGGUGUAUCGUGUAACCGCCGAGAAUGGACAAAUGUUUGCUCUCAAGCGCGUGGCGUUGGAAAACGCCGAUGAGCUCACCAUCAAAGGGUACAAGGGCGAGAUAGACCUCCUUGGAAGACUCGAAGGGGUGGAUCGGGUUAUUAACCUGCAUGCCUACGAGAUGAAUACAGAGAAGCAGGUGCUCAGUUUGGUUAUGGAAAUGGGUGAAAGGGAUUUGAACGCCCUCCUUGCUAGUCGCCAGAGCCCCGAGACUUCCAGGUUCGACCCCGUAUUCGUUCGCUUCUACUGGAAGGAGAUGCUCGAGUGCCUGGCCGCCGUUCACCAGUAUGACAUUGUUCACUCGGACCUGAAGCCCGCCAACUUUGUUCUCGUCAAGGGCAGACUCAAACUCAUUGAUUUCGGCAUUGCCAACGCCAUCCAGACGGACGAAACCGUGAAUGUGCAUCGCGAAACCCAAGUCGGCACACCCAACUACAUGUCCCCCGAGUCCCUGCUAGACUCCAACAACCCGCGCGGCGGUCGUCUCCCCGGCCGCCCAAAGCUGAUGAAACUCGGAAAAUCCAGCGACGUCUGGUCACUGGGCUGUAUCCUCUACCAAAUGGUCUACGGCAUGCCGCCCUUUGGCCACAUUGCGAACCAGAUGGCGAGAUGCCAGGCCAUCAUAAACUGGGAUCAUCACAUUGAGUUCCCCUCUCGUGGCAUGGGCGGUGCUCCCGUUCCACCUUCGCUUAUUAGGACCCUGAGGCGAUGCCUCAACCGAGACCACCACAUGCGACCGACGUGCGAGGAACUCCUUUAUGAUAGCGAUCCGUUCCUGUACCCUGCAGAAAUAAACAGCGACAAAGCUCUUCCCAUCGACGAGGAACUCUUGGGUAGAAUCAUCCAGAGCGUUGUCUCAAGGUGCCGAGAGCGCAUGCCGACAGAAUCAGAGGGUGCGACCGUCUGGCCGCAGGCAUACUGGAACAGCAUACGGAAAUCAAUGGCAAACAGGCAACAAUAA